CGUUUAUUGUCACAUGACAUUUUGUUUCACCAGUGGAAUGUAGACCAACCGAAAGCAGCAUUUUAUCAUAAACUGAUGUAACAUUAAAUGGAACUAUCAUCUCGGUGACAUGACAGCUUGUCAGGUUGUCACCACCAUGUCUCUCAGGGGCGACCGUACCUCCGUGUUCACGUUCCAGUCCACGGUUCACAGCUCCCACGUCCUGACGCGUCUCAACGACCAGAGACUGAGUGAUGUGUUGUGUGAUGUUACACUCGUGGCAGGUGGCAGGGCGUUCAGGGCCCACUGCUCUGUACUGGCCUCCUGUAGUGACUACUUCCACAGCAGGAUCCUCAACCACACCAGCCCCAGCCUGGUGCUCACGCUGCCUGAUCAGGUAACAGCAGAGGGGUUUGAACCAUUGCUACAGUUCUGCUACACCUCCAAGCUGCUCUUCACCAAAGACAAUAUCAUGGCCAUCCACAGGUGUGCCGGGCUCCUGGGGUUUCACAACCUGGAGACUAGCUGCUUCGACUUCCUUCUGCCAAAGUUCCUAGAGGGUAGCAACAUUACAGCCCAGGAGACAAGAAGAAGAAGAAGAGAAGGCUGCUGUCAGGGCAGGUCCCAGAUCAGGUCCUCCAACCAGGGAAGAUUGCCUAGUGGCAGGUCCCCCGGCCAGAGGAGGUCCCCCAGUGUCGAUUCAGCCCACUGUACAGGCUGUCAGUCUCAAAGCAGGACCCCCAACCAGAGCAUGACCCCCAGCCAGGGCUUGUUGCCUAGUGGCAUGACCCCCAGCCAGGGCAUGUUGCCUAGUGGCAGUUUAGCCCACAAUACAGACACAAACCGAGACCGAGAGCAGCAGGUUAUACCUCAUCCCAAGAACACGGGCCCAAGCCAGACAACAGGAAGUGAUGUCAGGAACAUAGGAAGUGACGUCAGGGCACAGUGUUCAACUGCCAACCCAAGUGGAACAAUGUCACACCAGAGUUUAACAGUGCCUUCGGACGGAAACUUACAAAUAAACUUUCUGUCGUCAUCCCGAUGUCCAAAGAGCCUGGCCUUACUAGUCAACCCGGUCAGCAGUGGUCGGGAGAAGUUCUGUUUACAGACCUGUGGCCCCAACAUGUCACCCUUAUCCCUCGGGGGACUGCCGUCCUCCAGUGGUCUUGGUGUCGGUCCCAUCCUGGCCAUGCCGUGUCCUGGUGGUGUUGACCGUAAGCCAGACCCCGACGCCGUUUUCAGUGAUAGAGACAUCCUAGGGAUGGAGGCAGCGGUGUGUCCCAUGACGAUGGGUGAGGGGAGUCUGAGAGAUUGCCCACUCUCCUGUGAACUGCCGUCCCAUGACGACGCGAGCCCAUCAGACCUUAUUGAGGCAACGGUUGGUGAGAUGGAUGAUGACCAGCCUGUUGUUGGGUGUCUGAUGGCUGAAGAAGCUGGGUGUAACCCAGGUUCCUGUAGCACGUGCCCACUGAGAGGCUCAGGGGUGGUAGAGGAGGCUGAGCUUCAGCUACCUGUAUUGGAUCUCCUGGCAAUACACAAAAGCCCUAACUCAGAAAAUAGUGAGGGGGAGAGCCAUGGUGGAUGCCUUAUGCUCCCAAGGCCACGACGAUUAGGUCAAGUGGAUCAGCUACCUGUGUUAAUGCAGAGAGAGGACCCUGGUCUGGAUGGCAGCGUGGCUGUUGAGGGUCAUCUCCCUGACUCCGCCCUCACUGACCCCUCCCUCUCUGACCCCACCCUCUGUGGUCUUACCCCUGAUGGUAGGGGGUAUGGAGAGCGGAGCAGCGUGGAGAGAGAGGUGGCUGAACAUCUGGCCAAGGGUUUCUGGCCUGAUUUAUACCCCUCACAGACUGAACCUCUCCCUAGUCUCCCUAAUCUGGACACCAUGGAGCACGGAGGUCUGGGGAGAGUUCCUAAUCUGGACACCAUGGAGCACAGAGGUCUGGGGAGAGUUCCUAAUCUGGACACCAUGGCGCACGGAGGUCUGGGGAAGGCUACAGACUUCCCCUGGCAGCUAGACCUGAACUCAAAUCCAGCAGACUGUCCCUUCCUUAGAGACCUGGGGACAGGAGAUGCAGAGGGGAUGGAAGAGGUAGGGGGGGUGGGGGAGAUGGGUAAGGUAGGACAGACGGGUGUGAUGGGUGGGGUGGAGGAGACCGGGGAGGCUCAGACCCCCGGUGGGAACCACAGCCUGUCCCAGUCUGAGAUGAGUCCCUACAUGUCAUCUCUUAACUCAGGAGAGGACUCAGACGGAGACCUGGACACAGACGGAGACACGGAGAGAGAGGCCAACAACAGGAGAGCACAAGAGGUUCGUCUGCCAUUCCCGGUGGUUCAGAUCUCGUCAGUGAGUCGUAGUGCCUUCCAACAGCUCCUCCGAUGCCAGCAGCUGACCCAUGAACAGCUGGAAUUCGUCCACGACGUCCGCCGACGCAGCAAGAACCGCGUGGCCGCCCAGCGCUGUCGCAAGAGGAAGCUAGAAGGCAUCAGUCAACUACAGACUGAGAUCGGCACACUGAGGGGAGAGAAGAAGAGGUUGCUAGAGGAGCAGGCCCAUCUGCAGAGGAACAUGGAGGAGAUGUUACAGAGUCUGACAGGGCUGUGUCACAGCGUCUGCAACGAGGCAGGGGUCUGUCAUGAGCAGGACCAGCUACAGCUCCUAUCCAAGCUCCAGUCUCCUGACGUCUCUGUCUCAGCCCUCCUCAACACUCUGGCCUCCCCCAGCCUCCCCCUCUCCUCUCCCGGCCUCCCCCUGGGACUGAAGCCAGAGAGCUUAGAGCCCCAACCCCUGCCUACACCACCAGCACCAGCACAGCCCUAGAACCAAUCACAGCCCCAACCCCUGCCUAUACCACAACCACCAGCACAGCCCUAGACCCAAUCACAGCCCCACCACUGCCUUAACCUGCCCUAGAGAACUGCCCCAAGGCGGUCCCAACCUGCCCUAGAGAACUGCCCCAAGGCGGUCCCAACCUGCCCUAGAGAACUGCCCCAAGGCGUUCCCAACCUGCCCUAGAGAACUGCCCCAAGGCGGUCCCAACCUGCCCUAGAGAACUGCCCCAAGGCGGUCCCAACCUGCCCUAGAGAACUGCCCCAAGGCGGUCCCAACCUGCCCUAGAGAACUGCCCCAAGGCGGUCCCAACCUGCCCUAGAGAACUGCCCCAAGGCGGUCCCAACCUGCCCUAGAGAACUGCCCCAAGGCGGUCCCAACCUGCCCUAGAGAACUGCCCCAAGGCGGUCCCAACCUGCCCUAUAGAACUGCCCCAAUGCUGUCCCAACCUGCCCCAAGGCUGUCCCAACAUCAACCUACCCCAGAGAACUGCCUAGCGCUACAUAGCAACAUAUAAAUUCAGAGCCAUAUACUGUCUAGACUAUAGAUAAUAUAGAUCUGUUAUUGGAUAUAACUCUAUACUGUAUAGACUAUAGAUAAUAUAGAUCUGUUAUUGGAUAUAACUCUAUACUGUAUAGACUAUAGAUAAUAUAGAUCUGUUAUUGGAUAUAACUCUAUACUGUAUGGCUCAGAUGAACUCUCACUGUUAUUCACUGUCUCAGUUUACGUCCCAAAUGGCACACUAUUCAGUGCCCUACAGGGCUCUGGUCAAAAGGUAGUGCACUAGAUAAGGAUCAAAUCAAAUGUAUUUAUAUAGCCCUUCUUACAUCAGCUGAUAUCUCAAAGUGCUGUACAGAAACCCAGCCUAAAACCCCCCCAAACAGCAAGCAAUGCAGCUGUAGAAGCACGGAAAAGUCUAAUCAGUCUGAAAAUUGAAGUGGUGCAGAAUGACAUGUCUUUUUUUUUUUUUUUAAGACACUUUUGAAGGACUUGGUGUAUGAACCCGAAUAGACUUUAGGUCAGUGGGAUUACAACACAGUAUCGUGACAGCAGGACACCUGGAUUCUAACCCUGGUCGGCGACGGUCACAAACACCUUUUUGAAAAGGAUUUACUGUAACGUUUUCAGGAUGCAUGUAACCCCUUUUCCCCAUGAUAUUUAUUGUGACCGUAUGCAUACCUGUUAGGGUGUAGGAUGUGGACCUGUUUCUGACUACAUUUACAUGUGCUUUUUACCUGCCCUAACUGUACAGCAUAAUAUCCAUGCAACUUAAAUACAGUAUUUCCUCACUUAAAAUAAUAGCCAUUCAAUUUAAAUACAGUAUUUGUCAUUAGCAUAAUAUCCAUUCAAUUUAAAUAGAAUGUUUCUCACUUAAAAUAAUAGCCAUUCAAUUUAAAUACAGUAUUUGUCAUUAGCAUAAUAUCCAUUCAAUUUAAAUAGAAUGUUUCUCACUUAAAAUAAUAGCCAUUCAAUUUAAAUACAGUAUUUGUCAUUAGCAUAAUAUCCAUUCAAUUUAAAUAGAAUGUUUCUCACUUAAAAUAAUAGCCAUUCAAUUUAAAUACAGUAUUUGUCAUUAGCAUAAUAUCCAUUCAAUUUAAAUAGAAUGUUUCCCACUUAAAAUAAUAGCCAUUCCAGUAUUUUGUCACUACAUUUGAGAUUCUCUGUAGGUGCACAAUACCAAGCACACAGCCAAGAGACUUUGACCAUCAUCUCUCUUUGCAUGAAUUAAUUCAUUUGAAUUCAUGAAUCUCAGGAAACCACUUAGCCCAUUUAUCUGUUCAGCCAUUCUUUCAUUCGUCCAUCCAUCAGUAGUUUGAUUUGCUGAGUGAGGUAAAUGAAGAUCAUGAUAGUUUUUUUUUUGUUAUUUUAGAUCAUUUUAACAAGUCGUCAAAUUUUUUUUAAGAGCAUUAAUUGAGACAUUUUAUGAUAUCGAUGACAUGUAAUUCUGUCUUUUCAAAUAUGUAUAACGGUCACAUUUUUGUCUGGUAUUAUAACAAAAAGUAUUGUAGGGUAGAAGGGAAUCGAUGUGUACGUCCCAAAUUGACCACUGUUGCCUAUACGUAGGGCCCAUUGUAGUUCGCUAUAGACAAUAGGGUGCCAUUUGGGAUUUGGCCAAUGUGUAUUAUCUGCUACAGUACGUUCCUUACUCAUCUAUUGCAAACACUUGCACCUUCUUUCACCAUGAGUGUAUAUUGAUUGUAGGCUUACAAUUGUUUUAGUGUUUUGAAUUCAAACGAGACGUUUCGAUGGCACCUUCAUUUCAAUAGGCAACAUGUUUUACUGUAGAUGGUAAAGCCUUCUAAUUUCCACAUUAAAGGUUUGGAAAUGAAUCUA